AGAGAGAUAGAUAGAGAGAGAGAGAGAGAGGGCGAAGUGUGUGUUUUAGAGAGAGAAAUUAAUCAUAAAAAAAAGGGAAAAUUCAAGAAAAAAAAUGGGGAGAGGGAAAGUUCAGCUGAAGAGAAUAGAGAACAAGAUAAACAGGCAGGUUACAUUUUCAAAGAGAAGAGGAGGUUUGUUGAAAAAGGCCCAUGAAAUUUCUGUGCUUUGUGAUGCUGAGGUUGCUUUGAUUGUUUUUUCGAACAAGGGCAAGUUGUUUGAGUACUCUACUGAUUCUGGCAUGGACAUGAUCCUGGAGAAGUAUGAAAGGUAUUCAUUUGCAGAGAGACAAUUGGUCUCCAAUGAGCCUGAGUCACCUGCAAAUUGGACAAUUGAAUACAGCAGACUUAAGGCCAGAAUUGAGCUCUUGCAGAGAAAUCAUAGGCACUACAUGGGCCAGGAUUUAGACUCAAUGAGCCUCAAAGACCUUCAGAAUCUGGAGCAGCAACUUGACACCGGUCUUAAGAACAUCCGAUCUAGAAAAAAUCAGCUCUUGUACGAUUCGAUUUCCGAGUUGCAGCGAAAGGAGAAGGCCAUACAAGAGCAAAACAGCAUGCUGGCUAAGAAGAUAAAAGAGAAGGAGAAGGAAAUAGGGCAACAAGCGCAGUGGGCUCACCAAAACCACCCGCCACCAUUGCCGCCACUUCCACCGCCACCGCCGCCGUUCCUAAUUUCAUCUCAGCCUCCUUGCUUGAACAUUGGAAGAGGCGGCUCGUAUGAAGAGGCAGCCGAGGCUAGGAGAAACGAGCUUGAUCUCACUCUCGACUCGAUGUAUUCGUGUCAUCUUGGAUGUUUUGCUGCAUGAUUUUUUAUAUGAAAAUAUAUGGUAUCUACUAUUUGUUGUGAUGAAUUAUGUAUGGCUUAUUAUGAGUGCAAUAUGUACUAUGUAUUGUCUUUGAGUUAUUCAUAUAUGGCUGUAAAUUACGAGACCUAGUAAAAACCAGGGGAGAAAAAUGAAGUUUGCAGCUCUUAGAGGAGAAUGCAAUUUGAGAAUCUGAGUGUAAUGAAGAAAUGAGUAACAACACUUUCAAAUGUGAACAAUAAUGUAAUGUCUAUGUGUGUAAUUUCAUGUUUGGGUUUGUACUGAUAUUAUUUGUCUCGAUUUCUACUAUAGUGUGCAGUCAUAAAUUUUAUGGAUUGUAAUUUUACUUUGCUCCUUGGUUGUAAAUACAAGUUACUGCAUCCACCGAUCUACGGAUUGUGUGAAGUAGUGGUCCCAUUUUUCUCUUAAA